AUGAUCAAUAUCUUAAGGGACUGGCGAGACAUGUUAAAUUGGAAAGAUUUUGAGGAAUUGGUUGUGUUUUUGUGGAGUUUAUGGAAUCGUAGAAAUGCAUUUGUGUUUAAUAAGAGAAGAGUUGAGGAUGAUGAUUUGGCGGGAUGGGUCAGUACUUACAUUGCUACAUUCAAGGCUACUAAUACCAAUCAUGCAACAGCCAACCAAGAUGUUAGUCAAAGUUUUCAACAAUCUUCACAAAUACAUCAAGCUCAGAAUCACACUAUUUGGUGCCCAGCAGAAGAGGGGGUCUUUAAAUUAAAGACAGAUGCUUCUUUUUCCUCUAUCGAUUUUAAUGCAGGUCUGGGAGUCAUCAUCAUCAGAGACCAUAGAGGGCAAGUUCUAGCUUCGGCUACGAAAUACUUGGAGCAUGUGGCGUCCGUGGAUGAUGCUGAAGCGCUUGCUGCAGUGGAAGGCCUUCGUGUGGCAAUGGAGACUGGAAUUUCUCCGAUCCUUUUGGAAACUGACUCUUUGCGUAUCUACAAUCUUUUUGCUCGAGAUAAAGAAGGCCUAUCAAAGACGGGAUCAAUUAUUGAAUAUGUGAAAACUCAUCUUGCUACCAGAUUGCAGGUAUCCUAUAGCUUCACAAAAAGAACUGGAAAUACGAUCGCUCACCUUUUGGCGAGAAGAGCCCUCCAGUCUCAGGAAAAUUUCGUCUAG